CCUCAGCGCCCGGGGCCGCCCCUUCCCGCGCUGGGGAGCCGGGCCGGGUGCUGUCCCAUGGCAGCUGCCCCAGCAGAGAGCUCCGGGAGCCAUGGGAAGAGGCUGGGGUUGAGCCAGAGUCACAGCAGCUCUGCCUUGGACUAUUCAGGAGACACCUUUGAGUCCUUCAGUGAGGAGGAGGAGAGUGAAGCACCUGAAUCCUGGUGUUCCACAGAGGAUUUGGAGGGGGCAGCUGUGUCAGAGGCUUUGGAAAGCUCAUUAUCACUGGCAGGCCAAAGUGCUGCAGAGGAGGAGUUUGAAGCAGUGGAUCCUGCAGCUGUGGAAAGAGCUGCCAUAGGAAAAUGGAUUGAUGCCAUGGGAAAAUGGACAGAUCUGAAAAAUAAAGACACUGGGAUUAGGCCAGACAAAUCUGUCAUCAGAACUCCUGCUGGAGCUGCUGAGUUCUCCCAGGGAGAGCUGGGUGCUCUCAGCUCUUUCUGCAGCAGGAGGAUCAGCAGGAUGCAGCAGGAGCAGGCUGGGAAGGGCAGGAAGCUGCACUGGGGAGGCCCAACAAGGCAAACUGAGACAGGAGAGUCCUGUGCUGUUCCUGCCCAGCUGAUGAACAGGAUCCUGCUGGAAAACACCAGGGAGGCUGUCAAACAGGUGACAGAAGCUGAAAUCCACGAGGUUUCAACCUGUCCUGACUGCCAGCAGAAGGAAGCAGAGCUGGCCAAGGUUGCCUUUCUCAGGCAAAAAAAGACUCUGCUGGAAGGUGCUUUAAUCCAAGAGAAAUUGGAAGAACAGUUUUACUCCAGGGACAUGCUCACACUUCUAGGUGAAGCACUCAGAAGCCUUCCCAAACCUUCACAGGAUCCCAGGGAUUUGUGGCAAAGGCUGAAGGGUCAGGAGUGGAAGGACUGGAUGAAACAUAACUCCAGUGGGUGAAGAACUGGGAGAGCCUCCUGUGGGCAGUCAGCUCCAGAAUUCCCAUGAUUUUGGAUCUGAGCUGCUCUGGCAGUGAUGGAUUGGGUGCUGCUUUAAUAUUCCUGCAGGUGGAACCAGAUCUGCCUGGCUGGGGUGUGAGUCAACCCUCCCUCCUUCCUCAAUGCAAAUGCUGCAGUAUAUUGUAAUCCAUCUCCAUAGGUUUCUCAAAUUCCAGAAGCCAACAGUUUCCAUUAUUAAUCUGGCAAGGCAGAAGUAUUGUUUUUUGUGGGAUUGCUGUGGGAUUGCAGAGCAGCUCCCAGCUGCUUCCAUCCAUAAGGAAAAUAAAUGAUUCUGUUUGCCAGGGCAGGGAAGUGUAAUUACUGCAUCUCAGUGCAGGCUCUGCCCACUGCCUCAUGGUAAAUUGAAAGUGAGAGCCCCAGGUGGAAGACAAAAAGCAAAGUUAACUAUAAAAAGCAGUAAAAUGAAAUGCAGUAUUUAUAGAAGGGAAUUAAUGAGGUUGUAACAGAAAUUAAUCAGCAGGACUGGGGAUGCCAGUGGGAUGAGAAAUGAUAAUAAAUUAAUCAUGGAAUCUAUAUAGGAUAGAGAAAAACGAGCAACAGAUGAAAACUGGGAGAAGAAUUGCAAGAAAAUACUUUGGAAUUUGUUGUUUUUCAAGAUGACGAAGUCGCUGUUGUUCAAAGACUGGAUCUGGGGUUCAGUACACAUCCAAAUAAAAUGGAAUUGUGCUGGGAAUCUUUGGGUUAGACAGUGAAGUCAUCCUCACUGUGGCCUCCAAAGCCUGGUGCUGCUCUGUGGCCACCUCUGCAGCCCUUUGUGGUCAAAGCUGACAGCAGGGGCUCAGCCAUGGCGUGACUCUCGCCAGCCUCCCAUUUCCUGACUUCUCUGCAUUCCCAUCUCUGUGGAAAUCUUGGAGGGAUAUCCCUCUCUAUGGACCUACACUGUAUUUUUGUGCCAAAGCAGAGAGAAUUAAAUCCCCCUGUUGCAUUUUCUUCCCCCAUUUUGGGACAAGAGCCCUCACUGCUGUAGUGGGGUUUGUACUUCAUGGGGUUGUUUCCCUCCUCGUGCUCUGGAUUGUUUAUCAGAGUCCUUGAGGGCUGUUUAGCCUCUUGUUCUCACUUCCCACAAACCACUGGAUAACCUGGAGGGAAAUGCUGGGGUAUAAACAGAAGUGUUAGCAAAGUUCUGCCUUCUGCUGCUUAAAAGUCUGCUCAGAGUGAUUUCCCUGGGAGUGGAUCCUGAGUAGGUCAAGCGCCAGGUGGGAGCCCAGCCCAGCCCUGAGUUACUCAGUGCUGCUUGUCCUUGCAAACAGCUUUAACAGUCCAUCAAAAAUACUCCCCCGAAAGCAUCCCCUUUUGAAUUGUCCCUGCAGGGCACCUGGAUAAUGAAUGAACUCUGCUUGUUCCCUCCUGUUGCUCUGGGAUCCUUGGAAAUGUUUAAAUCCCUUAAAUCUCCUGCCUUCCUGGAUGCCCUACCUCUGUUCCUUACUUGUUUUGCUCUGCACUCCCUGGUUCUUUGAGCCUCUGGAAGUCUCUGCAGACACUGGGAGAGGCACCCAGAACUUCAGGUGGAGCCUUGGAAGGGCUGUCAGGUGUACAGGAGGUGAUCAGGAACUGAAUCCUUUGAAAAUGUCAUUUUGUAGCACUUGUAGCACAGAUUUCAGCCCUCGCAGACCCACACAAAGUGACUUCCAUGCACAUGUUGAUAUUUCAUUUUUCAGAACAUAGAAGCUUUUCAGAGCUACUGAAAUGUCUUUGCAGCUGCUGUCAGCCUUUUUGUAAAUGCUGAGCUGUGAGUUAUUUGGGUUAUAUGUCUGACAGUAUUUGUCUGUGGAGCAGCAGCCUGCUCACACACAGUGCCUGCACAGCUCUUGUUUGUUUGCAUAAAUGUUACAAACAGAACUCAGGUAACUCCUCAGGAAAAUCAAAGCAGAUUUUGCUGAUGGCUGUUGGAUGCAUUUUCCUACUGCUCACUGCAGUUGUUUCAUUCUUUUAUCAGCAGUGACUCUGAGAUCUGAGUGUUUUCUUUAGCAGCUCUUAGAGAUAUGCAAUGGCAUGAAUGAUCUGAUCCCCUAAAUAAUUUAUUUUCUAAACCUGCACUUUUUGAGGCUGGAGAUCCAAAACUCUGCCAGGGAGGAUGUGGGAAAGAAGGUGGGUGAUGUAUCCUCCUUUUUUGCCUUCCAGGAGCUCCUCCCUUCAGCAGAAGAUUUUUCUUUUGAUCCAAGAAACCUCAAAACUCUGGUCAAGGCAUAUUGGCUGAUCUGCUGCCUGGUUUGUGCUUGCUGGGGCGUAAAAGGAGCAGGGUGGCUCAAGAGGGAUUCCUUGGGAAAAGCAGCUGUGGCUGUGAAACAAAUCAAUCUGCCUCUUCAAAGUGCUCUGCAGCUUUGCCUUUGUGGCUUUCAUGGCACCCAGAGCUGGAUGAUUUCAUCUUCUGGAUGAUUGCUGAUGUGGUGGGGUUCAUUGCUCUGAGCUCUGUGCUAACAGAGAAGGUUUCUCCCAUCUCAGUUGUUUCAUGCUCUGUGUAUGCUGAUAUCCACUUCUGGGGUGUUGGAUUUUAUAACUGACCCUUUGCAGAAACUUACAUUCCUCACAUUAUCAUUAAAAUCAAUUUUCCAUGGACUGCA